GUAGCCCGGGGAGAGGGUACUUAUGGGGUAGAGUAGAGGCGCAGCUGCACCUGAGGAGUGUAGAAGGAAGACUUUUGUUUGUGUUGGUCGUCCAGCGUGACCCGUCGCCACCAUGCCCACCGAUGCCCAAAGCGAUGCACGCUCCUUCCUGACGGAGGAGAUGAUUUCAGAGUUCAAGGCCGCCUUCGACAUGUUCGACACGGACGGCGGCGGUGACAUCAGCACCAAGGAGCUGGGCACCGUGAUGAGGAUGCUGGGCCAGAACCCGUCGAGGGAGGAGUUGGACGCCAUCAUUGAGGAAGUCGAUGAGGACGGCAGCGGGACCAUUGACUUCGAGGAGUUCUUGGUCAUGAUGGUGCAACAGUUAAAGGAGGAUCAGGCUGGAAAGAGCGAAGAAGAGCUUUCAGAAUGCUUCCGUAUUUUUGACAAAAAUGCAGAUGGUUUCGUCGACCGGGAGGAAUUUGGAGACAUCCUCCAUCAAACUGGAGAAUCGGUGGCAGAGGAAGAUAUUGACGAGAUGUUCGGAGAAGCCGACACAAACAAAGAUGGAAAGAUCGAUUUUGAUGAGUUUCUGAAGAUGAUGGAGAACGUCCAGUAACGACAUGCGGCUCUACGUUCAGCGGGUGAUCCUUCCCCCAGAGAGAGGAAA